CUUGACCCUGAAGCGCGCGGACCGCGGUCGGUACCUCGUGAAGAUAAACGAAGACUUGGACGUCAUUUGCAACACCAAAUCCUACGCUUACGCCGCAAUCGCAAACGCCUCCCCUGCUACUACUUCGCGCCACGGGCCCGCCGGCUACUCGUCCGGUACAGCGACCCAAUCGCGGGCCGAAGCGGAGAGCCGACGAGUCCGGUAUCAAGUGCAAAAAUGUCUGGGUCUGGGAGAGCCAAACUUGUGAUGCUGCAUUUGGAUGCUAAAAAAACCUGUAGUGCAUGACCAGGAAGAGGAUUCAAAUUUGGCUACGUGGAGAGGGCAUUUGUCAUGCUGAAUGCGCAUAGAUAAGCACUCAAAAAAUCUGUGAUGCUAUGGCAUACAUCACAGACAUCAUGGAUCAUGGAAAAUGUGCAUGACAAAGUUGUGCUCUUCCAGACCCAGACAUUUUUACAUUUGAUAUCCGGCCCCACGGGGCGAUCGCCCGGUGCGAACGGAUGCUGGCCAAGUUGCGGAAGAUGCACGGGGAAGUGACGCAGAGGAUACUAUCCUGAGAAGUAAAAGCGUCCCCAUCCAAUAAUCAAGUUGGCAAAUCUGCAACACAAAUCUCCGAGUUUUGGCUGUCGAGCAUCAAAAGUUUGGGCUCGUAGUCGUGUAGCAGUCCUGUCUAGCUAGUGCAGCCGCAUGACAAAUUGACUCUCUUAUCCCGCUUCCAGCAUGACAAACUCCCAGAUAGCAUUAGGAAAUGACUGUUAUGGGGCUCCGCAUGAGAAAAAUUUUGAGCAUGCAGAUUUGCAUUACAGCUAUGGAGUGGGGGCGCUUUUACAUGGGAUAGAUACUGCUGUUGGAUUUAGACUCUUCAUUCUCGGACCGGAGCCAUGGCAGUAGUGGUCACAGCUCCUCUGCGGACCGAAACAAGAUUCAGCUCGCGGAAAAGGAAUUGCUCGCGAAAAUUUAUGAGAAAAUCCAAAUUGCCGAGAAAGAACUACUGUGCCUGGUGGCGGGGUAGCCUGAUGUGUGUUGAGGAGAAACGGAAGUACUACAUCGACUACUACCCGCGGGCGCUAAACAAUGUUUUUUUUUUUUUUUCAAAAGGCAGUGUUGCAAAGAACGUGUUCUAUUAAUUUGUUUCCUAUUAAUGAGACACGACCCAAAGCC